AUGAAGGUUAAUAAUGUUGUAUACUACUUAAAAGAAGAAGCUGGCUUAUGGUGGACCCAAAAGAACGAAGAAUUGAUGGUAGACCCUAAUUUUGGCUGGGAGGAUUUCAAGGUAGCUUUGAGCAAAAAGUUUUAUCCUGACCAUUUGAGGAAACAGAAAUGUUUGGAAUUCACUAACUUAAGGAUGGGAACUAUGACUGUGAGUAAGUACUAUUCUAAGUUCAUAGAGUUGAUGAGGUUUGCACCGGAAGUAGUACUAACAGAGGCUAUUAAAGCUCAAAGGUUCGAGCAGGGGUUAACUUGGAAUCUGGAAGGAAAACUGGGUGGGGCAACCUUUGAGAGUCUAGAUGAGGUGUAUGGCCGAGCCGCCCAUUUGUAUGGAAUCAAGGGAAGAGAGCUAGGGAGCAUGUCAGGGGAGAAAAGAAAGUCCAAUGAUCAACCCCAAGGGAGCGAUAAGAGGCCUAAGAACCAUGCGAGUUUUGGGAAUGGGAACCAUGGGGAUAAGAGGGACUUUAAGGGGAAUUUUCGGAGAAAUUCAAACCAUGGUGGUGAGAAUAGAGAGAACAAGGAGAGAAAUAAGAGAAGUUACUUCUGUAAGAGAUGUGAGAAGGAUCACCCAGGGAAGGACUGUGCAGGCAAUAAAGUGACAUGCCAAUACUGCCAAAAAUUGGGACACCGAGAGUACGAGUGUUUCAAGAAGGAAGCAGAUUUGAAGAAUGGGAAGGUUCAGGAUGGACGGAAUCCCCAAAACCCCCACAAACUAGCGGACCUGCCCAGAACACUGGAAUCAGCAAUGGUGGAAACACUUCUAAGGGACGGAUUUUCGUAA